AUGAGCUCCUACAGAAGACCCUCCGAUAGUGAGGUUUACAGCGUGGGAGCUUGGCAGAAACUGAAGCUGCUCCUGUGGAAGAACUGGAUUCUUCAGAAAAAUCAAAAACUCCAGCUUCUGGUGGCACUGGUUGUCCCCAUACUAUUCAUAAGUGUCCUAGUGAUAAUGCGCGACAUCGUUCAGCCCACAAAAUGGGGGGAAAUUCGUUACGAACCCGUUCCCAUAGAGAACUUGUCGCUAUUUAUGAGAUGGGUUAAGAAGGGGAACAUGAUAUUGCUUGACAAUGGAACGCUGAAUAUGCCCCAGCCAUUUCUCUGCUUUACGCCGGACACUCAGGCAAAUGCUGCUAUUGUGGAAACUGCCAGAGUUAUCCUGUCUCUUAACGGUUCGCGUCCCUAUGAAAGUGCCAUGGAUAUGGAGAAGGACAUGAUGGAGUAUAACUUUAUGGCCGGUAUCGAGUUUGGAGAAAACAAUGGCGGAGCGAGGGACCCAACAUUUCCACUUAACCUCACCUACAGCCUGCGUUUUCCCAGUGAACUGCGAACGGCAUUUGGCGAACACUUAGUGACCUGGAAUACUCAUCAACUUUUCGAAAAAGUUGUCAAGGAAGGGCCACGCUUGGAUCGCCAUGAAGAGGAUUAUUACGCCAAGGAGGGAUUCCUACCUAUCCAGCACGCCCUUACCCUGUCCUGGCUAUCCCAAGCUUCAGGUCGAACUGAUCUCGAGUUUCCGAGCGUCCAGCUCCAAGUUUUUCCCUACAGAGCCCACACAACAGAUGAUCUGAUGAAAACCCUGCGUGAAAUACUGCCCUUAAUAAUCGUUUUGGCCUUCAUGUACCCUUGCUCGGUGGUGACCAGGCAUGUGGCCACCGAGAAGGAGCUGCAGCUGAAGGAGAUCAUGAAGAUGAUCGGUGUCGAGAAUUGGCUGCACUGGAUCGCCUGGUUCGUAAAGAACUACCUAAUGCUGAUCGUGAUCGUGGUGUUCAUCGUCGCUAUGUUCCAGAUAAAGGACACUAAAGAUAACCCAAUCUCACUCAUGCACAACUCCCACUGGCUGCCGAUUUUAAUGUUCCUGCACACCUAUGUCAUUGCCAGCAUAUGCUUCUGCUUCCUGCUGGCCGAGCUGUUCACCAAGGCCAGUACGGCGGCGGUAGUUACCUGUAUUUUGUGGUAUAUCACCCUUACCCCCUACGCGAUUGCCAGCUACUACUACGAUCGCCUCGGUCUCGUGGGGAAACUUACAAUAGCUUUUUUGUUUUCAAACUCGGCUUUGGGCUUUGGUUUUCACAUUAUAAUGGACUCUGAGGCCACUGGCAAAGGAACCACUAUGACCACCAUGUUCCGAACGGUCACUGAGGACGAUGAGAUCACCUUGUUCUAUGUAAUCCUGACGCUCACCGCGUCGGCGCUCAUGUACAUGGGCAUUUGCCUGUACGUGGAGCAGGUAUUCCCUGGAGAGUAUGGCAUCGCUCGCAAGUGGAACUUCCUAUUCAAGCGCCAGUUCUGGAGCGACAGUAGGUCUCAGGCUGCUACGAGGGAGAAGGCCGGAAGUUGCCAGACACAACGCCAUGUGGGCAUCCAUUUGAACAAUUUGCAGAAAAGCUAUGGAAAGUUUAAGGCUGUCAAGGGCCUGAACCUAAAGAUGUAUCGCGAUGAAAUCACAGUUUUACUCGGACAUAAUGGAGCCGGAAAGACCACCACAAUAAAUAUGUUGACGGGCAUAGUAGCACCCACAGCCGGAACGGCCUUGGUCAAUGGCUACGACAUCAGAACCCAAUUAACAAAGGCCCGCCAGUCGCUGGGCAUCUGUCCGCAGCACAAUGUCCUCUUCAUGAAGAUGAGUGUCCGGGAUCACAUAAUAUUCUUCAGCAAACUGAAGGGAGUCCGUGGCAAGGAGGCGGUCAACAAGGAGGUAAGCAAGUAUGUGGGUAUUCUGGGUCUGGAGGCCAAGGCUAAGGUGGCUGCCGAGAGGCUAUCUGGCGGCAUGAAGCGAAAGCUUUCUCUCUGCUGUGCCAUGUGCGGCAAUGCCAGGGUAGUGCUCUGCGAUGAGCCAAGUUCCGGCAUCGAUGCUGCCGGCCGAAAGGGCCUCUGGGAGCUGCUGCAGGCGGAGAAGAAGGGAAGGACUGUGCUUCUCACCACCCACUAUAUGGACGAGGCCGAUGUCCUGGGCGAUCGCAUAGCCAUCCUGUCCGAUGGCAAGCUUCAGUGCCAUGGCACCUCCUUUCAUCUGAAGAAACGCUAUGGAACGGGCUACCAGUUGGUCUGCACCAUGCUGAGUGACUGCAACGUGGAAGCCGUAACCCAGUUAAUAAAUCGUCACUUGCCGUACUUGAAACCGGAGAGGGAACUGGGCACUGAACUGGCAUAUCGAUUGCCCCACCACGAGACCAAGAAAUUCCCUGCCUUGCUGGCAGAUCUCGAAGAGAAUUAUGUCAGGCUAAAACUAAGUGGCUACGGGCUCAGUGUGGCCACCUUGGAGGAUGUCUUCAUGGAGGUCAACAGGGAGGAGACGGAGAACCGAUCCAAGGGAGGUCAGGAGGGCAAGAACGCAUCUCCUGACUUUCAGAGCCUGGUCUUUGAUACCAGAACGAGGGAGAAUCGGCGUUUCGUGCGUUACCUUAUGUGCCUUCAGGCUUUGAUGUUCAAAAAAGUUCAGAUAUCCUUUCGCAAUUACUGGAUGCUUCUAAUACCGAUCCUGCUGCCCGUGCUAAUACUGGUCUUGACCAUAUUGAACAAUUACGCCAGUCGCAUUUACCCUGACCAGCCGCCGAUGCAGAUAUCAGUUUUCCAGUACCGAUCGAGUUACGUGGUCCUGGAGGAUAAUUCCACCACCGAUGAAAUGAGUGCCCUGGGCGAGGCCUAUGCCAAGCAUAUGGAACUUUAUAAAAAGCGAAGUCAGUUGCUGACAACGGAUGGUGUCAGGUUUGGCAAUUUCAUAUUGGAUCUGGACGAGAGCUGGAACCACCGCUUGGACUACUCCUUUGUGGGGGGAGUGACAUUGGACAUAGAGAACACAACUGUCUGGGUGAAUAACAAGCCCCUGCACACGGCUCCCCUGAGCCUGAAUCUGCUGCAUAAUGCCAUGGCCCGGCAUUAUCUGGGCGAAGAGGCCGGCACGUAUGUGAUCAACAAGCCGUUGCCGUACAGCAAGGAUCCCAUAGUCAAGCAACUGAAGAAGGGUAGGAAAUUGGGCCCCGAAUUGGCCACCAAGUUGACAAUGAGCAUGUGCUUCGUGACCGCCUUCUUUGCCAUACCCAUUAUCAAGGAGCGGCGGGCGGGAGCGAAGCUCCUGCAAUUCCUGUCCGGCGUCGAUGCCUUCUCCUACUGGAUAACAAUUUUGCUGUGGGACUAUCUGAUAUUCAUGCUCUCAGCCCUGAUGGCCAUAUUAACAAUUGCCGCCUUCCAAGAGUCGGGCUAUGCGACGUUUGUCGAACUGGGACGAUAUUAUGCCGUAUUAUUGAUAUUUGGCUUGAGUGGCCUGUCGAUAAGUUAUGUUUUCGCGAUUUUCUUCACCGAUGCCGCCACGGGUUUCGUUCGUAUUGCAGUUUUUAAUUUGUUAACGGGAUGUGGUUUUUUACAAUUGUAUAUGACGGCUCAGAAGUAUAGUGAAUCUGGGAGUGGGAGCGUCAUCCCUUUGGUGUUUCCCCAUCUUGGCCUGGGUUAUGCCGCUAAAAACUUGUACUUGGGGCGCGACCUUCGACUCGAGUGUUUGAAAGAUCCCGAAAAUGCAUGUAUCAGAAUGAAAAUUUGCUGUAAUAUGCCAGGAUACUUUGCCUGGAAAGAUCCCGGAAUUUUGCAAUGGAUCGUGAUUACCUUAAUUGUGGGCAUACUUCUAUUUACAUUUCUAGUCGUUAACGAUGGCAAGCUGAUUGGGGUCAUUAUCAUGGCCUUUAAGAAAUUAUGCAAGUCAAAGAAAAAGCGAACAAGCGGUGGAUCUUCUGCGGAAAAUCACGAUAUAACAGAUGAACGAAUGUUUGUCAGAGAAAUGAUAAGUUCCAAACGAAAGGAUAUACCUCUGCUGGUGGAUAACAUCAGGAAGGAAUAUAAUAACAAACUGGCUGUCCAGGGCGUUUCGUUUCACGUGGCAAAUGCCGAAUGCUUUGGUCUCCUGGGAAUCAAUGGAGCGGGCAAGACCAGUGUCUUCAAGAUGCUGACUGGAGACACUGAAAUCACCUCUGGAGAUGCCUACAUUGAUGGUUUAAGUGUGUCCACACAAAUGAGGAAGGUACGCCCUAGGAUCGGCUAUUGUCCGCAAUUCGAUGCCCUGUUCGAGGACCUGACAGGACGACAAAACCUGCGCAUUUAUUGUCUAUUUAGGGGCAUCCAGCGUCGCUUUGUUUCAGAGAUAAGCAUGACCCUGGCCCUGGCCUUUGGCUUUCAGAAUCACCUGGAUAAGAAGACCAAGAACUACAGUGGCGGAAACAAAAGGAAACUCAGCACUGCCAUAGCCAUUAUAGGUAACCCAUCAGCGGUUUUCUUGGACGAACCCACCAGUGGCAUGGAUCCUGGCGCCCGGCGAAAUCUGUGGCGGAUAAUGGGUCUCAUUAGGACGGCGGGCAAGUCCCUGGUCCUCACCUCACACAGCAUGGACGAGUGCGAGGCGCUGUGCACGCGCCUGACCAUCAUGGUGGAUGGUGAGUUCAAGUGCUUGGGCUCAACUCAGAGUCUCAAGAAUCAGUAUGCAAAGGGCCUUAUAUUAAAGCUAAAAAUUAAGUCCAAAAAGAAAAUAUUUCAGAGAGUCAUACAGAAAUCAUCAUCGUCAUCCGCACAAGGUCUUGAAAGUGAAAUAUACACAGAAUUGGAUGAUAACUCAUCCAGAGUCAUCGAAGGAAUAAAAUCGAUGCCUGACAAAGGGUUUUCAAAUCGAAUGUUGGUAGUAAAUACCUUUAUAAUGAAACACAUUCCCGAGGCUCAACUGAAGGAUGAAUACAAUGGACUACUCUCCUACUAUAUACCCCACAAACAGAUGUUGCCUCAGGUUUUUACGCUCAUUGAGAGCAACCAGAAGAUUCUAUUUAUUGAAGAUUAUCUAAUAACGCAAAGGAGGCUAGAGGAAAUAUUCCUAGAUUUUGCCUUGAAUUGUGAACAUCGUGAGGCAGAUGUGGCUAAGAAAAAGUAG